CGCGCGCCAUACUCGACGUCUCCGACAAUCGUAUACACAGCACACUGUGCUUACUGCUUAGUGCUUACUGCUUAUACAAUAAGUGAGUUAUACUUGGAGUAAAUAUCUUGGGUAAAACUUCCCGUCAUCGCCCAUUCGCCAUAGGCUAACAAUACUAUUAACGAAUAAAGAUCAUUUUGCUUUUUUAUGUUUUGUUUUUACGUUUUGCCUUUUGUUUAAUAAUUAUCGUUGGUGCGGAUUAUUGGAGAUUGUAUGCCAUAUUGUAAUAAAUUAUCCAGCACAAUGUUUAAGGUGAAAUAUGAAUAUCGUACAUGGUAUAGGUACCUACAUAAUACAAAAACACGAAAUCGAACUGACAAACGCAUACAACUUAAGAGGGCGCUACACCCGCAAAUUGUAUUCUCAGCAGAUCACGUUUAGCUCUGUUAGUUUAAAAAUUAAAAUGAAUUGACAUCUUAUACAUUUUAAAGUACCUAAUUGAAAAACAAACAAUUAAAAGGAUAAUUCAAUAUGGAACCAUUAAGAACAACAAUUGAUGAUUGCAAGAUAAAUUCCAAUUCUAGAGCGUUGUCCAAUUCACUUAUUAGAUGUGAUUAUCAAGUAUUUAAUGGCAUUAUUAAACAGGAAAAUAUUGAUAAUCAAGUAUUUAAUCGAACGAUAAAAGAGGAAACUAUUGAUGAAACAGUUAACCACAAUUAUAGUCAAUUAUUACAAAAAGGAACUAAAACUGAAGAAAAAAGAAACACAAUCGAUACCGAAAUUAAAGUAGAAAUAGAUUCAAUUGACUGUUUUGUAUAUGAAGGAACAGUUUUUAGCCAUUGCAACUCUUCAGAAUUCAGUACUCUUAUGAAUUCGAACUCGACAUCUAACUGUUUAAGGACAAAUUCAUUGAUUGAAAACUGUGAUAAAAUGUCUACCGGAAAAAAAAAGUAUAUAUGUGAUGAGUGUGAUCAAAUUUUUUCUCGGAAAUCAAAUUUAAUAACUCAUAUAAGGAUGCAUACCCUCAAAAAGCUAUAUAAAUGUGAUUUAUGUGAAAAGUGGUUUUCUGCAAAAACUUAUUUAACAUCUCAUAUAAAGACACAUACUGGUGUCAGGCCGUAUAAAUGUGGUAUGUGUGAUAAGCGGUUUUCUGGAUCAUCUUCUUUAACUAUUCAUACAAGGUCACAUACCGGUGUCAAGCCGUAUAAAUGUGAUAUGUGUGAUAAAUGGUUUUCUGUAUCAUCAAAUUUAACAACUCAUAAAAGAACUCAUACCGGUGAAAAGCCAUAUAAAUGUGAUAUAUGUGGGAAGGAGUGUUCUUCAUCAUUCAAUUUAACAAUUCAUUCAAGGAUACAUACCGGCGAAAAGCCAUAUAAGUGUGAUUUAUGUGAUAAGUGGUUUUCUGCAAAAACUUAUUUAACAUCUCAUAUAAAGACACAUACCGGUGUCAAGCCGUAUAAAUGUGGUAUAUGUGAUAAGCGGUUUUCUGUAUCAUCUUCUUUAACAAGGCAUACAAGGACACAUUCCGGCGAAAAGCUGUAUAAAUGUGAUAUCUGUGAUAAGGAGUGUUCUUCAUCAUUAAAUUUAACAAUUCAUUCAAGGAUGCAUACCGGCGAAAAGCCAUUUAAAUGUGAUUUAUGUGAUAAGUGGUUUUCUGCAAAAACUUAUUUAACAUCUCAUAUAAAGACACAUACCGGUGUCAAGCCGUAUAAAUGUGGUAUGUGUGAUAAGCGGUUUUCUAGAUCUUCAGUUUUAACUAUUCAUACAAGGUCACAUACCGGUGUCAAGCCGUAUAAAUGUGAUAUGUGUGAUAAAUGGUUUUCUGUAUCAUCAAAUUUAACAACUCAUAAAAGAACUCAUACCGGUGAAAAGCCAUAUAAAUGUGAUAUAUGUGGGAAGGAGUGUUCUUCAUCAUUCAAUUUAACAAUUCAUUCAAGGAUACAUACCGGCGAAAAGCCAUAUAAGUGUGAUUUAUGUGAUAAGUGGUUUUCUGCAAAAACUUAUUUAACAUCUCAUAUAAAGACACAUACCGGUGUCAAGCCGUAUAAAUGUGGUAUAUGUGAUAAGCGGUUUUCUGUAUCAUCUUCUUUAACAGUUCAUUCAAGGAUGCAUACCGGUGUCAAGCCGUAUAAAUGUGAUAUGUGUGAUAAAUGGUUUUCUGUAUCAUCAAAUUUAACAAAGCAUUCAAGGACACAUACCAGAGAAAGUCUUUAAAAAUGCAGUAUACUUAAGACACAUAAAAUCAUAUUAUUUAAUAUUUAUUAGAACUUUUGAAUUCAAAUAUACCUGGACUUCGGGAUCUACCUAACUCCUUCUCUUUCUUUCGAAAAGCUUAUGAAUAUUACAAUUAGUAGAGCCUUUAAUGUUCUGGGUUUCAUAAAGCGCAACUCUAGCCUUUUCACGUCUCCUGCUUGUCUUCGUUCCCUCUAUAUCUCUCUUGUCUGCUCUAUUUUGGAAUAUGGAUUAGUUGUAUGGUACCCAUACUCUAUACCGCCUACUCAAUAACUCCUAGAUCCAUACACGAUAUUUUGAAUUUAUAUAUUAACAUAAAUUUGUUAGUUUUUAAUUGUUUUGUACACUAGUUAUGUAAUGUUUAUAAUUGUAUUAAAUAUUUAGUUGAAUUGCGCUAUGAAUUACUGUGUUUCACCUUUGUUUUUUCUGUAAGAUCACUUAAAUCACUAUUAUUAUUAUACAUUUUCUGUAUUUAACUUGUGUUGUCUCUUAGAAUUGCCGAUUGGCGUUAAAUAAAUAAAUAAAUA